UUAGGUUUAAGAUUUCAUUGCAUUUGUGCACCAUAACUUAUAUAAACAUAUGAUUAUAUUAAUGUAAUUUGAUUUAAUUUUACUUGAAAUAUUAGACUAGAGAAUUUGUAAAUCGUUAAUAAUUUACUGUAUAAGUUAGCAACAUUUUUGUCGCUGGGUUCUGGUGAUAACUGUUAAACCGGAAUUUCACUGGUUAAAGACCGCGCCUACAUUUUUCAGAUGAUUUCAGUUGCUGUUAAAAUGAGUUGGUAACCACAACUUUACAACAACUUUUUGCCUUUAUUUUUUACUAAUUUGUCUAUAUUAAUUGUUUAUUAGUUAAUAAUUCAACUAUUUAUAUUGUUACUUUUCAAUAUCUAGAAACAUUUUUAUAUUUCUAAAUCAUUCUUUGCCAUUUUGAAGCGAUGUCUUUUUUUAAAGCUACUAAAGUGAAUUUUGCCUUUUUUUGUUUAUUGUUUAUCAAUUUUACCAAUUUAAUUGGAACCACAUUACAUCCAGCUAUCAGCUUUAUUUCACAUGAAAAGGUUGUUAUGGUCGGUGAUACAGUUGAUUUACAAUGUGCCAUCCAAUAUCCCAAAGAUUACCCAGUUAUUUGGGCCAAGAUUGACCAUCAAGAUCCGAGAAACUUCUUGUUCAUUUCAAAGAAUGCUGGUCUCUCUAUACCUGACAACAGGUACUCUAUCCGUCAUGAUGAUGCUAGUUACACUUAUACACUUCAACUGUCUAAAAUCAGAGAGACUGAUUCUGGUACUUACCAAUGUCAAGUAAUUACUGGUACCACCAGUCGAGUUACAGCUGAGGUAAAUGUCACAGUCAGAGUACCUCCGACAAUCAUUGAUAACAGCACCCGAGUCGUAACAACUUCUGAAGGAGCAACUAUUGAAUUGGAAUGCUAUGCAACCGGGCAUCCAAAACCCAUGAUAAGUUGGCGAAGAGAAAAUAACGAAAUAUUACCUACAGGAAGUGCAGUAUAUUUUGGAAAUAUUUUGUCAAUUCAUAAUAUUACCAAGGAAGAUCGAGGAACUUACUAUUGCAUUGCUAAUAACAGUGUGGGGACUGAAGCUAAGCGUAAUGUUGGUGUUCGGGUUGUUUUUUCACCCCAGAUUUCAGCUCCAAUCGACACUUAUCGCCAAGCUUUUGGCUAUACUGUGGAAUUGGAAUGUAUUUCCGAAGGAUAUCCGGCUGUUGACGUUUAUUGGUUGAAAGAUCAUUAUCGUUUAAAUGAUGCUUCAAACGUAGAGAUUAGCACAGUGAAAACUACUAGUGAGGUAAUAUCUUCAACUCUUCGGAUUGGAUCCUUAAAACCCGAAGACUUGGGUAAUUAUGUUUGUCAAGCAACUAAUAAACACGGAUCUGCGUCUAAAACGAUCAGAGUUGAAGAAAGUCCCACACCUGUCUAUUCGCAUGCUUAUUUACCAUUAGCUUCCUCAUCAGCUAAUAUCAAAGUAUCGUUUAUAUUGGCCGUUCUCCUUGCAUUAAUAGCUGUGGAAUCAAGAUUAGAUUCAUUUUAGAAUCUUUGACUUGCAUAAUCUCAAAAUCGACAAAUCAAAAUAAUUUUUGACUCAAAGGAAGUAGUUCCUUGCGCCCAUUUCAAUUCACUAACAUUUAUGCUAACUGCAAUUGUUAUCAAGACGUGUUCAUUCCAUGGGAACCUGUUACCAGAUCGUUUCUGUUUAUCUACAAUUUGGAAAUAUUUCUCAGCGAGAAAAUUAUCAGCAUUCCUCACCAAGCACAAUAUCUCAAACUAUCGAUGACUAUUAUCGGUACAAUUCAAAAUUACUUCUAUUAUUCCAAUUUCCUGAUGAAAAUACAUCCUCAAUAAGACCCGUUGGUGGUUAUUUGCAAUGGACUCUGAACAGUUUGAUUAUGGAUCUAAUAUUAGCAUCUAAUUUUUUCAUUUUCUUUGUUCCCACGUAUCUCAUCUCUCAAGAAUCUUUAUAUCAUUAUUUAAACUGUUUCGAAUCAUUACAUCUUUAUAUUCACAAAUUGGUCAUGUUUCUUGUUUCCAAUUUAUUGUUUUUCUAAUUGACUCCAGCCAUCGAAUCUCAACUCUUGUAUCACUUCAUUAUUGUAAAAUUAAAUUCAUCCGAUUCAAUUUCGAAAUAGAAAAGCUGAACCAAAGUAAUAGAUUAAUUACCGAAGCUAUCAGCAAAAUUCAAUAAAUAACAAUUUAAACAAUACAA